UUUCUUAACAAUUUAUUAAGAUCGCGUGUACGGGAAAUACGUUCAGAAAAGAAAUCCCAAAGGUGUAUAAUAGUGUGUGUGUGUGUGUAUGUCUGUUUGUUGUGUGAGAGUACAAUAUCACAGAUUCGAACCAUGGAUGUAUUUGUGUAUCUGUGUAAGUAUACAACAAACCAAUAAAACGUCGUAUAACAUUCUCUCUCCCUCCUUCUCCCAUUCUAUCCUGUCGACGUUACGACGUUCAUACUCCCGUGGUUUUCCGACGUUCAGUUUGCGAUUGCUUUUGCAUCGAGAAAGACGUUCUGCUGUUAUUAGGUAUAUCCUCGUCGAAACUUUUUAUACGGAGUUAUGUUACGGAAUAACACGUGAGGAGUGGAAUCUACAUCAAGUUAUAUAUAUAUAUAUGUAUAUAUAUAUAUAUAUAUAUAAUUAUUUACACGGUUUGUACUUCCAUGAAUACUUUAAACCAGGAAGUAAGAAAUCUUUUCUUUUUUUUAAGAAGAUUCGAACGUAGUAAAUAGCCGUCUGAUAAAGCUAGAAACUAAGGAGAGAUCAUAGUUCAUCAUUAUCAUCGAAAAGUUUCUUUUCGUUAUUGAUCGAGAGAACUUUUGGACCAUCAAACGAAUUGGACAAACAUGUAUCAAUUAUCGUUGAAGAUUUUACUUGCUGUAUUGUUAUUUGAGAACCUAGCAUUUACGGUUUCCAUUGAAGAAUUCAAUAUCCCAAAGAAUCACUCGAAAGAAUUGGAAAAUAUUUUAGCUGAUGUAGGAAAUACAAAUGAUACGGAUAAACAGCAAACGGAUCAAAUAAAUCAGGCAGAUUUUCAUCAGAAGGAUUUUUUUAAUGACAAUAAAAGAAAUUCGACGAUCGUCGAGAAAGAAAAUCAAAAAACGUCAUUGAAUGAAAAGGCACCAACAAAGGAAUUAUCCCCGACGUUGCAGAGUGCAAGCGAAUUGCCGAUUGCGCUGAAUCAUACUGAUCAAAACAUUACGAAACGACCAGUCGAAGAGACGACGCUAAUUAAUGGGGUAACUGAGAGUCAAAAAUCAAAUGAUUUUGUCGGCGAACAAAAGAAUUUGAAUCAAUGUUGCGUAACUCCACUCGACGAAGAAGAUGUUACAACCAUCAAAACGAUGCAACAAGAAAACACUAAUUCGUUCAUUAACACUACCUCAGAAAUUACACCGACGACCACAAAAAGAAGCGUCACGAUCACUCCAAAGGAUGUUGUUUCACCAAAAAUUACUCCAGCGUCCAUUGACGUGAAUGACACAAAAAAGGCCGGCGAUUUAAACCUACAAUUAAAACCUACGAUAUACGAAACAGUUCCUUCUGAAUUGAUUAAUGCGACAAUAGAAACUAGCACGAUAUCAUUGAAAUCCUCCGAGAUAACAACCACCGUAUCCUCCAAUAUAACCACCGUGUUAACCUCUAAGAACGAUCAAGUAAAAGUUAGAAACGAUACUGUGAUGUUAAAGAAGGAGAAAGAAGUAGAACACGAAGGAUUAAGUCUGAAAGAAUCUAUCAGUAAAGAAGAUACCAGUGGAAGUAUGCCACCUGGUAUUAUUGCAUUGGUAACAACUAUUACGUUUGCUGUUGCGAUCAUUAUUGGAUAUAUCAGUAUGGUUAUCUGGAAGCAAUAUCUCGAACGCAAAUACGGGCGUCGAGAAUUAUUGGUGAACGAGUUGGAAUUCGAUACGAACGAUUUGAGACAUUUUGAGCUCUGACUUUGGAAAAACAAGGAUGGUAUAUCGUCUGAUGUAUGCCCCCUGAGUCAUACACAGAUCACGAGGUAACUCACGAUUCGUAUUAUAAAUUUCGUGAGAUAAAGAAAAUUUUGAAAAUCUGUGAUAUCGCGCGUGUGUGUGUGUGUGUAUGUGUAUAUAUAUACAAUAUAUAUAUAUAUAUAUAUAUAUAUAUAUAUAUAUAUGUAUGUAUGUAUGUAUGUAUGUAUGUAUGUAUGUAUGUUUAUGUAUAUAUAUAAAAAACCGAUUUUUGUGUAGAAUCUAAUCGGUUUGUUGUAACAAAUGUAUUAUUACAUUUGAAUAUUUUCGUAUUUUACUAUUUCCUACGUAAGUUAUAACGUGUGUUCCUACAUAAAAUCAUAUCACUUUAAGGAAAGAUUUUAUUUUUAUCGUAUUAUUAAAAUACUGACGUGUUAGAAGUAGAAAGUAAUGAUUAUAAAUUUAAGAAAAUUAUUCCGUAUAUAUACAAACAGUUUCAUAUAUUAAUUAUUAUAUUACAUGCAGGACACUAACAAGACAACGAGUGAAUAUUUCAUAUGAAUGAUAGGUGUUAGAAUUAUAUGAUUAAUGAAUAUCAUGAUCAUUACUUUAAAAGCAUAACUGUGUAAUCAAUGAUAUAUAAUAUUAAGAAAGACAAUAGUAUUUAUGCUACCGAUGAAAACUAUUUGUUUUUUUCUGUAGCAUGCUUCAUAAGUGUAUAUAUUUCAAAGAUAAUAAUAAACAAUGUAUGUUAUUUUUUUA